CGUUGCAACUCCGACUUGGAAAGAGGGGGCCAAAAGGUAGACCAAAGGGCACUCCGGCUCGCUCGCAGAGAUCCUCAAGAAAGAGGAUACGCGCUCAGCUUGCCCGCGCGCCCUGGCCGCGUGACAAGAGGCAGUCGGACGAGGAAGAGCGAGGCAGCUUCGGAUUCGCCCAUCUAUCGACCAGUCGAAGCACCUCGUUGCGUCUCUGCAGAGGUCAGAAUGCUACCAGGGCUGAGCAACGUGCUUCGGCGUGAUCGCGAAAAGGCGCGAGGGGCCCAGAAUGCGGAAGGCCAAUCGCAACACCCGGCAAGCCCGCCAUCGGGACCUUCGCCAAUCCGACGAGAGGGUAGCUUCAGUUCUUCCUCGGGUUCGAUCGGCUUCAACGGCGCCUUUGCUCCAGCGGGCACCUCCCCCUACAACUCGCCGUAUGGAGGUACUCCGCCGCAGAGUGCUGGCACCCUGCCACAAGGCAGGAGACCGGCCGUGCCAGCAUCUGGCUCGGUGCCAGCGAUGCCUCCCCUUCCAGCCGGAGCGUCUUCCUACGGGCGACCGCCGCCGCUUCCCAGCCCACAACACAGCAUGCUCCCCGAGGAGCACAGAGCGAUGGAAAAGGAAAGGGAGAGGCUAGCGAGGGAGAGGCUUGUCGCCGAGACUUCUGCCACCUCGCCGACCUCUUCGACAAGAACGACGCAGCAGCAACAGCAAGCUACUUCUCCUCAGUCUGUGCAAGCAGUACCCCUGCCUUCCUCCACCUCUUCUUCAGCAUUGGGUAUGCAAGAUCCGACAGUGAUGCGGUACUCUACUUCGCAUAUGGAAUCAUCAGUCACACGGUUGCUGGUAGCUACCAAGAUGCUCCUGGAGUCUUUGACAAAGUGGUCCAUCGGCCAGCGGACCGAGUCGCAGGUCUCUGAUGUCUAUGUGCGGCUCGGCAACGACUUUGGCGUGGCAAAGGUGGCAUUUGGGAGCUACGGCAUCGACAUGAGCGACUUGGCGUCUGUGCCUGACGACCUCCGAGACUGCCUGGAGCAGUGCCUGUCCGAGGAUGCCUCGCCAGCCGUGCUGGAUGUUCACCUGCCCCGGAUCCGGCAGAUUGUCGUUAGCCUGCUUCAAGGCCUCAAGGCCAAGCAGGCUGAAUACAAGGCCGUUUUGCAUCAAUCUCGAUCCUCCUCAAAAGCAAGUCGGGAGCAGAGCAGCGGCCACGUCAAGAGAACCUCGAAGCUGAGCCAAUCAGAGUCUGCUCCAGCCCGUACAGAGACAGAGGACGGAGAUCCACAGCGAUCCAAAAGCUCGGGCCAGUCUUCGAGGGGCUCCGUUGGGCUACAGAGGAGGCUCGAUCAGGAGACAGCGAAGCGGCCUACAGCUGCUCCACCGAUCGAUGACAUUGUCAACAGCGCCGCCAGAGGAGGCGUGUCGUCAGUGCCCGCUCAGAGGUCAGAUAGCAGCUCUUCGCUGCCUAAUCGAGAUGCAGAGGCGACCUCUUCGACGGGAAGUCACCCUGCCGGGCCCCGAAAGCGAAAGAGCCAAAAGGACCGAGGUACAGAAGAGGCUCAUUCGAAGACGCCCUCGACAUCAGCCAUUGAGUCUGGUGAUCGACCGGAAGAGGCGAACAAAUCUGCUGAUGGCCUCGUGCGCCACUCCCUCGUCGAUGCGCCAGCUUCAAGCGAGCCAUCGUCGACGACAGCACUGCCGCCUCCCUCUUCGUAUCGGCCGAGCGGGAGCAUGUCGCGGCCCUCCCGCAAGUCGCCUCGCAGCGGCUCACGCGAGCUACCAUCCUCGUCGGCGGACGUCAGCACGGAAGAGGUGGCCGAUCCAGCCGACCCAUCCCUGCGAGCUCUGAAGCAGCGCGAUGCUCUCGAGCGAAGGGCAAGCAAACGCUUCAGCGCAUACACUUUCAACAAGAUGGGCGUUGGGCUCAACCAGGGCUUUGGCAUGAGCUCCUUCAAUCUUGGUUCGAAUGGUGCUCAGAGCCCAAUGCCAGAGAGCAGGAGAGAUAGCCCCAGCCACUCCCGCGUUGGCUCGCGACGCCUGCAGAUGCGGGCAGGCAACGAGACGCCCGACGACUUGACGACGAAGAAGGGAAGCGUCGACUACUUUGGACGGACGCCAACGGCCCAGCGACACAAGGGCGGUGCUUUGUCGGCAUCAGAUGCGAUCCAGGAGGUCACAUCGCCCGAUGUAGGCGCAAGUGAUGACGGGCAAUCACGUUCAAAGUCACAUUCUCUCGAUGACAAGGCAAAGAAAGAUCCCUCUCCUGAGCAAUCGAGCGUGACAAGCCCAAGAGAAGGCAGGCUUGCUCCUCCUACGGUGCAGCAGCAGGCCAUGAGCAGUACCGAGUCGCUGCCCUUUGUCGAUGCUCAAGGGACGAGCCCCGACCAUGAGCCUCAGGACAUGCCACCAAUCCCCACGUCUUCGCUGCACAACAUCAAUGGCCCGCAGCCUGCCAUGCCGCCGCUGCCUACUCCUGCAGAGCGGGCCAAGCUGGAUGCAGCGCAGAACCUGGGCUCGGCCUCGCGGUGGCUUGCCAACCCAGCCUCCCAAAAGGGCAUCACCGACGCGGCUGACGGCUCGACACCAAAGGUCUCUUCAUUUCCUCAAGCAUCCACCUCUUCCAAUACCUUGGGCGUCUUUCUGCAGCUGGGUAGGCAGACGCGAAGGGCAACGUUGGAGCUAGACCCUUCGGCUCCUUUGGGUGGUUUGACGAUUGGGAAGCUCAGGAUGCUCUUCAUGGAUCGUUUCACCUACUCGCCCGGUAAGGACGACUUUCCCGCCAUCUACAUCAAGGAUAUCAGCAGCGGUGUCUCGUACGAGCUCGAAGACCUGGCGGAUGUAGGCGAAGGAUGCGUUCUGACGCUUAACAUCGAGCCCCUCGACCAAGUCAAACAACAUCUUGACCUUUCGCUCGGGACCAUCAGCCGAGAGCUGCGAGAGCUCAAGGCGGCCGUCUACGAUCGAGAGCGCGACUCUGCUAGGGCUCUUGCGAAUGCGACGAACAACUACGCAGGAGGGACCAUUUCGGCUCAGCUGCCCCCCACGACGCCAAGCAAGAUAACUGACGCACAAUUCGCCAUGGCGGGUGCACGUGUGGCGCAGUACAAGCGUCAGACAAUGAUGCCCUCUCGAGACGAGGGUGCCGUCAACGGCGGUGGCGAUCACGCUACCUCUUCUACGGGGGCAUCGACGCCCAAUUUGGGAGCAGGCCGCUUUGCUGGUGACCUGAAGAUGCAGUACGAAGAGGUGCAAAACGUGCGGAGGGAGUUGGCCAUUCUUCGCCAAAUUCAGGGCGACUUCAAUGGCGACAUUGGAGCUCUACUUGCGAGUCUCCGCGAACAAUCUGCCAAGGUCCGAGCGAUUGCGGCCACGGAGUUACCGACGGAACGAAACUUUAUUGUUGCGGGCAAGUCUCGCCUGGACACGUCCAGCCAGGAAGUUCUGACGCUCGUCGAGGAUCUGUUGGAUACGGUGGACGAUCUCAAGCUCGAUGUUAUCCAGCGCGGCGUCAAGCCUAAGCCUGCGACGAUGAAGUCGAUUUCGCAAGACAUUCAGAAGGCGACAAAGGGACUCGAAGACCUCGAAAAGUACGUGGAGACUGUCAAACCGUCCUGGAAGAAGACGUGGGAGUCGGAGUUGCAAAAUAUCGUCGACGAGCAGGAGUUCCUGAACCACCAAGAAGGGCUAAUUCAGGAUCUCAGAGAAGACCACGGCGCACUCAUGGAGGUCUUUGAGAACAUUACGCAGGUCGUCAAGCUCCGUGGUGUGCAGAGGGGCGUCAUGAUGGGCGCAGAUGAGAAGCCAGACCGGAACGGUGGCGCGAUCCCAGGUGUCGCCGCGCUCAGACCCUAUCACCCGCCUCCGCCAGAAGAAGGCCACGAGGGCCUGUCUACGGUGAUGCUCGAAGUGAGAUCACAGGCCGUUGACCAUGAGAAACGGUUGAGGGCUCUUCAGACCGCUGAGCGGAACCGGCAAAGGGAAAAGGCAACCAAGACGGACGAGUUCGAGAGCGCCUUGAAGGGCUUUGUGGAUGGCAAGGCACUCAGAAAGACGGGAGGGCACGAGGAGGCUGAGCGGGUCCGGCAGAAGAGGGACAAGCUCACGAUUCAAGCCAUGUUUGGAGGUGGAGGGAGUGGAGGCGCACCUGCCGAGGUCAGCAGCCUCCCGCCGCCGGGCAAGCUCGUCUUAGGAAAGCAAUCGCAGCAGAGUGGCAGUGGCACAGGAGACGAGGAUGAAGGCCUGGGGAGCUACGAAGUCGACGACAAUGAUGGUGGAAGUGGAUAGUCUUCAUGUCUAGUAUUUUUCUCAAGGUGCUCCAUCUCUCAUUACUCAAUCUCAAGCUUGGAACACAGUAGUAUUGAUGGCAUGAUUCUAAGCGAAGGAAACACAGCGAGAGAGAUCAAUG